AUGGCUAGUAUUGAUCGCUACCGACCGCCGGGACGUGAGUCCUACCAGCCGCCGGCGAGACCUGUGAACACCAGCUCCCAUUCCAGCCGCCCGUCCAAGUCACCCGCAAAGCGACGCGACGUACCACCGGCUGCUCCAUCGCCUCCCACCCAAGUACCAUACUCUACUCGGACUUCCUCGCCGCGCCAAAGCUCGUCGCAGCGUACUGGCGGCCAGUCAACACCGCGCACCACGUUGGAUCCGGCCAAGAUGGCUGAGAAACAGUGGUUCUUCACCGAGGAUGAGGUCCUGAGCGCUCCGAGCAUCCUAGAGGGCAUGCAACCGGCCGAGGAGAGACUUCGACGAGCCAAGGGUGUCAACUUUAUCUACCAAGCAGGCACUCUUCUCCAACUUCCUCAGACUACAUUAUAUGUCGCAGGCGUAUACUUUCAUCGAUUUUACAUGCGUAUGAGCAUGGCCGAGGAGAGGGGCGGCAUCCAUCACUAUAACAUUGCGGCAACUGCCCUGUUUCUAGCAAACAAGACCGAGGAGAACUGCCGCAAAACGAAAGAUAUCAUCAUCGCCGUCGCCCGGGUCGCCCAAAAGAACGCCAAGUUGAUUAUUGACGAGCAAUCAAAAGAGUACUGGCGUUGGCGGGAUAGCAUCCUGCACAACGAGGAAAUAAUGCUCGAGAAGCUGACCUUUGACCUGAUGGUGGAUGCUCCCUACUCUCAGCUUUACAAGGCCCUGGAAGCCAUUGGCUGUAUUCACAACAAGAGCCUGAGGCAUGCUGCUUGGGCCUUCUUGAACGACUCUUGCCUCACCCUCCUCCCACUUCUUAUGGACGCUCGCAGCAUUGCUAUUGCUAGCAUAUACUUUAGCAGCAUUUAUGCCAAGGAGCAAAUUGAUGACAUCAACGGCAAGACCUGGUGGACUCAUUUGAAUGCCAAUGAGGAAAAGAUUUGCCAAGCCGUUGAAGUCCUCCGCGCGUUCUACGUGGAAAAUCCUCUGAAGAAGCCCGACAAGGAAAACCCAUACCAAGGCAGCCCCGAGUUCAAGCUGGAGCACUCUCGUAAGGCAGGUGAGGGCUCGAGCACCAAUCCUACGCCACUUACAGAUCGCGACACGCAAAGUCCAAAAGUCCGACCCAACGGUAGCGAAAGUCGUGACGCUGUCUCUGCCGCCGUUGAGGAGGCUUCUCAAGCCCCUGGCGACUCUGAUGCAGCUUUGAAAGAAGCCGCAAACAUCCCAGCUGUGCAUCCUCCAAAUGGCAAUGAUCCAGGAAGUCCCAGGAAACGCCGUGAGGUUGAUUCGCAACUGUCCGAGUCACAGGAACAGAAGCGACAGCGCAUGAGCAGUGACGAUGAGGGUGAAGUUGAAGAGUAG